AUGGUCGCAUUGAGUGCUGGCCUACUGGCCUCCGUCUUGCUCCUACAGCCGGCGGCUGCCACAUUCAACUGGGGCGCUGCAAAGUCUUUCCCCAAUCCUGCCAACAGCAACAAUGUCUGCACAGAUCAGCAAAAGGGAGGCUUUGACUGGAAGGAUCUACCUUCUGGCAACUUCAAUAAAUUUGGUUCCUUUGACUUUUCUGGGUUCAACUGCCAGGAUUCCUUCACUGGUCGCAAGGGGAGACGCGCCCUGGAGGCUCGUGCUGGAUUUCAACAAAAAGUGAUUGAAGGUACCUGUACCAAGGACAGGUCUACAUCUCCCAAGAUUUCUUGUCCAACCGACAAAAACUUCUCUAUCAAAACCAUGGACGUCACGGUCGAGUUUGACACCGAUAUUGACAUGGUCUUUGAUAUGCCUGAUGGAUCAACCUGCAAGCAGACGCAGAAAUGCUCCGCGGGCGGUUCUACAAUCUCCAACAAGCAAUGCGGCGGUGCGAAGACGGUGACAUUCCAGACCCCCCAGAACGGUCGAGACUGCAAGAUUGGUAUUCACAAGAUCGACUUUGACUGCGAGGGCUCUGCUCCUCCUCCUCCUCCUCCGCCACCACCUCCCCCUGAGUCCUCUACGACCACACAGGUCAGCACGAUUAGCACAGUUUCAACUACCUCAACUACCGAGGUACCGAAAACCCUGACCUCGACGACGGAGCUGCCCAAGACUCUUACCUCGACUACCUCUGCGCCGGCUACCAUUACGACCACCUCUGAACAAGUCACCACGGAGCUCACAUUUGUGACUCUCACUACCUGUGAUGUGACUUUGACGCAGACGACUGGCAACAUAACGCUUACGCAGACAACACAGACCCUGUCCACCACGACCCUGACAUCUACGGUCACAUUCUGCCCCAAAUGCGGUGAGACACCGCCCACAAAGCCUGGACUGCCUCCAACACCUCCAUCGUCGACUGGUGAGCUUAGCCCGCCUCCACCUCCGUCUUCAACCACCCAAGUGUCUCCCCCUCCACCACCGCCACCAGCCAGUUCCACCACGAUACCGACUUCUUCAGCACCUUCUACCCUUGCAACAUCCGCUGUACCUUCAACAACUAGCGCCGCGCCCCCUCCGCCGCCUCCUCCCCCACCACCCGCAGACACACCCCAGUCCCCCUGCCCCGAAACCCUCCCACGCUGCAUGAACACCUGGCUGUCGCUCGCCAAAUGCACUUCCAACAGCGACGCCGCCUGCAUGUGCCCCAACGCCGACUUCACCAAGAGCGUCAUCUCCUGCGUGACAGCCUGGUCCAAGUCCGACGCCGAAAUCACCGCGGCCCUGAGCUACUUCGCCGGCAUCUGCGCCCCUUUCGUGCCCCAAAACCCGGGAAUCUGCACCGACGUCCCCACCUCCAUCACCCUAAUCCCCACCGUCACGCCCAUCGGCCCCCCGCCCACCUCACCACCAGUCGCCACUACCACGGCUGUAGUAGUGCCACCCGGUGGUGGCGUCAAGCCCGAAGGCCCCCAAGGCGGCGGCGGCGACGGCGGCGGAAACAAGCCCGCCUCCUCGGUCCCUUGCACGACCAUCACGCUCGUCAACACCAUCACCGCCACUUCCGCUGGUGGCACCGUGCAGACCACGACCGUCUUCGUAACCGUCCCACAAGUCACGUUCGUCACCACGCCGCCAGCUGCUCAAGCCUGGGCUGCGUCACCAGCUGGUGGUGGUGGUGGUGGUGCCUCCUCCGCGCCGUCUGAUUCGCCGUCUUCGCCACCGCCGCCGCCCAAUGUCGGCCUCGUGCCCAUGCCCCAGCCUGUACAGGCUGGUCCUACCACUGCCGCCGUAGCCGCACCCACUGCUGCUGCAGCUCAGCCCAGUGAUAGUGGCAGUGGCAAUGGCAGUGGUCCGGUGGCUAGUGUCACGUCCGGGGCGCAGAAUCCGCAGGUCUCGACUUUCACGGGCGGCGCGGCGGCGGCGAAGUAUGAGGGUGGUGCCAAUGUUGUGAUGAUGGGUUUGGCGGGGUCGUUGGCCGUUGUGGCUUUUGCUUUGUAA